AUGUUCAACUGGAAUAAGUUCAUGUCUCCGAAACCGUCUCUAGACGUCCCCGCUCUAGAGACGGUUGAUCUGAACGAUAAAGAAAUGGAAAAGAGAAUCGUUCGAAAGCAAGAUCUUAGAAUCAUGCCAUGGGUCUGUAUAACCUACCUCCUCAACUACCUCGACAGAGUCAACCUGGGUAAUGCCCGCACAUUGAACAACGACACACCAGAACACAACAUCGUCACCCAACUCAACCUCACAGGCCAACGAUACAACAUCGCAGUAGCCCUAUUCUUCGUGCCAUACGUCCUAAUGGAAUUCCCGAGUAACAUUCUUCUCAAGUACUUUUCGCCUAGUAAAUGGAUUGCUAGGAUUAUGGUUUCUUGGGGAAUUGUUACUAUUUGUACGGCUGCUGUUUCGACUUAUGCGGGGUUGUUGAUUGUGAGGAUUUUCUUGGGUCUCGCUGAGGCUGGUUUCUUUCCCGGUAUCAUGAUGUACCUCUGCUUUUGGUAUAAACCUGAAGAGAGAGCUACGAGGAUGGCUAUCUUUGCUUCUAGUGUUGCUGUUGCGGGUGCCUUUGGUGGCAUUCUAGCCACAGGUAUUUCUUAUCUCAACGGAAAAGCUGGUCUAUCCGGAUGGCAAUGGCUCUUUGUACUCGAGGGUAUUCCCGCUGUCAUCGUAGGAAUGUGUGUCUGGUUCUUCCUCCCCGACUACCCCCAAACCGUCUCCUGGCUCUCCCCCGAAGAACGUGCCUUUGCCGUCAAACGUCUCGGCCCCUACGCACCCUCCAUGAACGACAAACACUGGGACAGCAAAGUCGCCAAAGAAACCGUCUCCGACUACUUCUUCUGGCUCUUCGCUAUCGCCUACUUUUUCAUGGCCAACUCACUCAACGCCUUUGGAUAUUUCGCGCCUACUAUCGUUGCAUCGCUUGGUUUUGAGGGUGCUCAUGCGCAGUUGAUGACUGUUCCUCCUAAUGUCUUUGCUGUUUUCAUCAUUGUGGGUAACUGCUUGCAUAGUGAUAAGACCAAGGAACGUUCGAAGCAUGUUCUUGGAGGAUUGACUUUUGUUGGUAUUGGAUAUUUGCUUCUUGCGCUGGUUAGACAUUGGGGUGUGAGGUAUUUCGCCGUUUGUCUUAUCGCUUGUACCAACGCUGCUGUCCUGCCUUUCGUUGCUCACCGUACUGCCACCGUCCGAGGUUCAACAGCCACCGCUCUCGCAACAGGAGGAAUGAUCGCCAUCUCCAACACCGGAGGCAUCACAGCUCCUUUCCUAUUCCCCGCCAGCACAUCGCCCAUGUACUCUAUGGGUAACUGGACAGUUUUCGGAUUCCUUGGCGCUGCUGCUUCUAUCACUUGCUACGUGUGGUACGUCUUUGGUGCUCACAGUGGUUACAGAACUGGUGAUGCUACUGAGACUGGUCACUUUGAGGUGUUGGAUGUUGGUGAUAAGGAUCCUAAUGCUGUUAUGGCUCAGGCGAUGGAGAAUGAGAGGGCCAAGGAUAAGUUGAAGGAUGAUGAUAUGGCUUAA